AAGAAAGAGGAUCUGACAGAAAGACCAAAACCUUUGUGUUCCGUCUAAAUGGAUAAAUGUGCAGCUGCAGCGCUUUGUGCAACUGAAGGAAUUAACAUGCAAAACUAGCUGAAGACUCAAGCGGAAAGCCUCCAGUGAACUUCACCCCGAUCGCUAACAAGGAGAUAAAAACACAAGCAUCCUGCCGAACACGAUGAGCACCGUCUGGCCGACUGACCGCUUCACCAACCACACCUUCAGCAACCGCUCGUGUCCUCUGGAGGAGGAGAACCUGCGGCUCCCGCUGGCGGUGCUCUACUCGCUCAUCUUUCUGUUCGGUCUGGCAGGAAACCUGCUGGCUCUGUGGGUCUUCUUCUUCCUGCACUCGCGCAGAAACUCCGUGCGCGUCUUCCUGAUCAAUGUGGCGCUGGCGGACCUGGUUCUGCUGGCGUGUCUUCCCUUCCGUGUGCUGUACCACGCUCAGGGGAACGUGUGGUCUCUGGGGCCACGCAUGUGCAAGGCGGUGGGCAACCUGUUCUACAUGAACAUGUACGUCAGCAUCACCCUGAUGGGUCUGAUCAGUCUGGACCGCUAUCUGAAGAUCAUCGGCGUGCGGGGCUCUCAGAGGGGCUGCGGGCCGCGCUGGCUCAGGGGCAGCCGCUGGAGUCUGGUGACCUGCGUUCUGCUGUGGAGCGGCUCUCUGGUGAUGGUGGUGCCUAUGAUCGCGCUGGCCGAGGGCAACGAGGAGCCGGGGAAGUGUUUCCAGUACAAGCAGAGAAAGCACGCUAGAGGCAAAGCCUACUUUAAUCUGUUCAUGGUGGCGGUGUUCUGGCUGGUGUUUGCGGUGCUGCUGGUUUCAUACGGACGGAUCGCACGCAGACUUCUGCAAGCAUCGCGGGACAAACCAGACAUGCCCAAUGCCUUGCGCUACGCCCGCACCGCUAGGAAAUCCUUCGUGGUUCUGCUCCUCUUCACCAUCUGCUUCGUGCCGUAUCACACCUUCAGGGGCUUCUAUGUAGCUUCGCAGCUCCGAGAUGUUAGCUGUGAGACGCAGCGGCUCAUGGAUCUCACCAACGAGCUCAUGCUGCUGUUCUCGGCUCUCAACAGCUGCUUGGAUCCCAUCAUGUACUUCAUGCUCUCGGGUUCGGUGCGCAAAGCCACCAUUCGGGCCUUGUCGCAAUUCCUGCGUUUGCACCAUGAACCCGCAGUGACCAACAGCUCGACCACGGAGUUCCGGAGGACUUCGGUGUCCCACACUUCCAAUGCUCCGGUGCUGGACACAUCCAGAGGCAGCCUGGGACUCAUUACACCGAGUCUCCGCGCCAAACCCAACGACCGAGAGUCCUGUCCGCAGAUCACGGCACUGUCGAGCUGAUCGUGAGA